AUGCAAGUCUCUGCCAGAGGCGACCUUGCAAACUGGAUGCUACCCGGUAAAGUCAAGGGCUUUGGCGGCGCAAUGGAUCUCGUCUCGAAUCCGCAAAAGACAAAGGUUGUUGUCACCAUGGAACACACGGAUAAAAAGGGCCGGCCCAAGAUUCUCAAGCAGUGCGAGUUUCCGCUUACGGGUAAGGCGUGUUGCGUAUUCGACGUCGACUUUACAGAAGGUCUCACCCUGAUUGAACUCGCCGAUGGCGUCACCGUCGAUGAAGUUCGCGCCAAGACGGGCGCUGAUUUCAAGGAAGCCGCGGAAAUUAAGCCCAUGUUGUAG